AUGGUAUUCUCCCAUCCGUACCAGCGACGAGAUGGACGAAGAUCAUUGCCCAAUCAAAACCAAGGAAGUCAACUUCACCAUUCACAGCAGCGACGAAUUUUAAAGCCUAGAAGCAGGAUCGUUCGGCCAAAUUCACAUGCCUUCCCUGCGCCUUUAUAUUCCUUCUCUAAUUUGCCUUCGGGAAAUGGUUUGAAUAUUGACCGGGGUGAUAGAUUCGGAGGAACAUGGGGCUCAUUUGACGACAUAAUGACCGGACAGUUUUCAACCCGCCAAGAUCAUUCUUAUGGACAAUAUGAUGGCCGAUUCAAAAGACCUAUGCUUCCGUUGAAAAGCCACAGCUUUUCUCAUCGAAACCAAUCAGAAGACUCAACGAACGGUUUGUUGAAGAAGAUCAACUCGGCCACACGCGUACCAUUGACUGUGUAUUCAGGUGGUUCUUCUUUCACAAACGAAUUCAAUGGUUUACGAAUGCCAUUUGACAGCUACGACACGGAAACCUCCGCUUUCGAUACAUCAUACGAUCGUGCACAUGGAAGUGGAGAUCUGUCGGAUGGUCACUUCAAAUCACCGUCACUUUAUGGCUCAUCCACUAAUGUCAGUCCAUUGGCUUUUCCAAACAGCCAAAGAGGCGGUCGACAAGGUAAUGUGUUUACCAAACCUCAAUGUAGUGCUCUUACUCGACGUCAAGGUGAACCAUUACCAAUGGAACUCGACUCAUCGCCAGAAAAUCGAACUCCGCCUAAUCUGAAUACUUGGAAGCCUAAGAUUUCAUGGAUAGAUGGCAAGGAUUCAGGAGAGAUUCUGCAAGUCAACAGCCUGCGCUUUGCUGACACUGGCUUUGAAACAACUCGGCCACGAGACCACUUCGACAUGUACUCAUCAGCAAGCAGACGUCGUUCUGCAAGUCAUGUUGGAGUCUCCAAAAAUGGGGUGAUUCUAAGCUCUAAAGGCAUGCCCAAUCGCUCAAAAUGGUCUUCUGAGAGCUCUUUUGAUCCGAAUCCUCUUGCUGAUUACGUUGAAGACGAACCACCGCGAAUUUGUGCAGGACAAAACAGAAGUUCAAGGUACAGCCCAAUCAGAAUCAAGCCAAGUCGCACCAGCUCGGUGGAUUACAGGGCUCGUGGAGCUAGAUCCCUCAACAACAAUUCUACCAGAGCUCCCAACUUUAAUGUGGAGCAGAAGCCACGAAGACAAGCUACAUCAGAUCGAAGAUCCAAUAGGCCGAGUUUGCCUGAAGAUAGACGGCUAUCAUGGGAUUACAAUCGUAACAGAUCUAAAGAUUUUGGUGUUAAAUCUGAAGGCCCAAAAACGCCGGUUAACAAACCCGUGCCCGACGACCGGCCAUCGAGGUCAACCAGGCCAAGAAUUACUUUCAAUUCGGAUAAUAAAAGAGCGUCAUACCCGUCGGGUACUACAAGGUCUGAAAGGCCGAGGAUUACCUUUAGCAACAAUUGUGUUGUCCCGCCUGACGACAAGUCCACUCUGCACAAGAAACGUACCAGGUCCGCAGGAAACAGAAGAUCCACGAUUGACAAGGCUAAUACAAGUUCCAACGAUAUUAAAGAAGAAGGUGUAGAUUCAAAAGUAAGUCUCAUUUUUACCAGUUUUGUUAUUGUAUGUAUGAAAAGUUGGAAGAUAAAAGUGGAACUGUUAUACUGGAAAAGACCAAGAUGCCAGCCGGCAAUGAAUGAAGCUAUCAAGCUAAUACAACUAUCGUUGUCUAUCAUGAAGGUCAUGAGUUUCUUGUUGUUAGUCAUGAAGGUCCUACACCUUUCGUUGUUCAUAAAAAACGGCAUACAGCCUAUGUUGUUUGAAGAAAACCUAGUACAAGGUAUAAAGAGUUAAUAGCUUACAUUUGCUAACGUGAGCUACGUAAGUAAGAUCAAAUGUCGGAUGCAAAAUUUAUGAGAUUAACAAGAUUACGUUAAUAUGAAAAAAAUAAGGUUCUUAUUCAGAGAUGAAAACACUGUUUUUAUUUUAUAUGACACAGAACGAAGCACGUUUGUGCGUAAAAUAUAAGAACUUUGCGCGAUUUCUGAAGACGUGAAACCUGCAACAAAAUUUUUUGUUAAAAAGAUUGUGAGACAACAUAGCUUGUCACGAAACACACGACAAAAGAUCUUAUCUAAAUAUAGAACGACAAUUCCUUGUUAAUUCACGAAAUGACCACAAAAUCACCGGCCAUGUUAAAGACCAUAUGUUUUCUAGAUACGAGCGUAUCACGAAGCAUUAUGUAAACAGUGGAAGACCAUAGACUUCAAAAAGCUUCAUAAUCAUUAAAUAAUGUCGAAAAAACACAAAAACGACGAAACAUUUUUUAUUUUCAACGUUUUUAAGCAAAAUUUUACAUUAUUUAGCGUUUACACCUCUACUGUCUCAAUUGUGGAAACGAACAUGAAGUUGCCGAGUGCCCAUACGACUGCUUCAGGUGUCGAUGCUCGUUCAAGAACUUUGAGGAACACAAACUUGAAUGUCAGGAAGCGAUGAGAGGUUUUAUGAACAAAGACUUUGAACGUCGCAAAGUCAUCUUCUACAAGCAACGACAUCACGACACGUACCCAAAGUACAGCGAGAAGUUCAAGCGUGAAUACUACAAAAAGUUGGCCACUUUGAAUCCAAAACAUGUGGAUGAUAUUGUACUGAGUGGAUCCUACAAAGACACCAUGAUCAAACGACCACAAUCCUUUGGCAAUUUCAGUGGCAGAGCAAUGAUUCAGGCUUAUGAGUAUUUGUGGAAGUACGAGAACAUUCUGGAGAGUUUUGAGUUGCCAUUGUUCAACGUGAAGGUUGUGAAGAUCAAUUUGACGUCGAAUGGAAAGUCUAGACCAGUGUCUAAGUUGACAUUCACUAUGCCGACUGUUCAUCACGGGGUUGAUGAUGGUCUGAGGAAGUACUUUAAAGGUAAGGCUUUGGAAAAAGUAGAUUUUAUCAUCUUACGGUAUUUAAAAAGUCUUGUAGCUUUUUAACUUGAUAAACAUUUCGAGCUUGUGACAAGACUUGUUUACUUCAAAAAACGUUGUUACCAUUAAAUAUUCAAGUAGAAAAUAUGGAAUUUAAAAAUAUUUUUAAAAGUUGUUAAACUAUAAAUUUUAGAAAAAUUGCUACACCUUGGACGUGCUGGCUUUCAAAUCCUGCUUGGUAAGCGAGAGGACGCCGAUUCAUUGACUGAGAACAGAAACGACGGAGAAUGGCCGAAAGAUUUGGUACGCCCUCUUGUAUCCAAGUUCAGAGAAGAUGUUAAUGUGUACUGGUGCAAUGGCGACGUGUCUGAGGAUGAGUGGAGUACGUUUUCUAUAUUGUAUUAGAUGUUGAAGGGGAAGGCAAGAUAAUUUUGACAUUUUUAAAACAAAUUCUUGCCAUUUUACGUUUGGUAAAGAAAGUUUGUUGCUAUUUGUCACUUCUAUAACAAUAUAAAUUUAUUCAAAUAUAUUUUAUUUUUUAGCAUUUUACACUGAAGAACUAGUGAACAUUAUCAAAAAUCCUGGUCCAAUCCAAGAUGGCUCUAUGUACAUUGCCUUUAGUCACCAAUGCGAACCGAUCAAAAAACAGUUAGAAAACGUGAAAAAGUUCAUGGAGGAGCAGAAGUCAUACCUCUUCCCACGUUACGCCGCCAGUAUGACUACAAACUUUUACAAGCCUUUGAUUACCGACCAUUCGACCGAUGUGGUUUUGUUCAAGGAAGACCUGGAGAAGUUCAACCAGCUUAUGCCAGUUCCUUAUUGUUUGACUGAUACUCAGAUGGAGUUUGCGAAACAGUGCUACACAAAGGACAUUCAUGCUGUUUUGGUAAGGUUUUCUUCGUUUUUUGUUGCUUUAUGGGUUGUAAAGAAAGUUAUUGCUAUUUUUUAGCCUGUAAAGAAAAUUAUUGUUAUUUUUAAUUUUUAUAACAAAUUCUUGCCACUAUACGUUUUGUAAAAGGAGUUAUAGCCAUAUUUUGUUGUGUGAACAAAGUUAUUGUUGUUUUAAAUUUUGUAAAGAAAGUUCUUGCUAGUUCAAGUUUAUACAAAAAUAAAAAGACCCGUAUUUUUAGGGCCCUUCUGGCAGUGGAAAGACCACAAUCGUUUGUUUCUUGGCUGCUUACAACUGGUUCCACCUUCGUCGUCGUACUUUAAUCGCCACAGCACGGCCGGAUGCAGCAGCUGAAAUCACGGAACGUCUUCUGAAGAUUGCCGAUCAUUUGAAGACGGAACAUUAUCCACAUCUAAUCAAAUAUCAUGUAAUGUACAAGAUCAGUCCAACCGAUUUGAUGAACGAACGUUCAAAAGUCGUCGAUGAUGUUACGUUUUACAAGGAUGAUGCGGCCGAAAACGCUGGAAUUGUCGUCAUGCAGGUCAGGUUCUUGAUGCCGGAACUUUUGAAGACAUUCCCAGCUCAACAUGUAUUGAUUGAUGAGGCUUCAUCAAUGCGUACGGUCGAUUAUUACAGCUUUUUGGUCGAUCUAAACAAACAAGCUCGGCCACUGCUGCAAUACAUGACAUUGUUCGGUAAGCGUUUUAGUUGGAAGAAAAAACUUUUUAAAUGAACAUGGUUAUUUCAAAUUUUGUAAGGAAAGUUUUUGCCAUUUGAAAUCUUAUAAGAAAGUUUUUUUUGUAUUUUAAUUUAUUUAAAAAACGUUCUUAACGAUGUUUUCAAAAAUUAUAAACUUUUGAUUUUUCAGGAGAUCAAUGGCAACUGAAUCCCCGUUUCUGUCGUGAAAGAUUCAUGGACGAUGAAGCUGAAAGGAAAUCCGGAUUUGACGAAUCUGCUUUGACACAACUUUUGAAAUGUAAAAUUUCAUUUUCACAAAUGACUCAAGUUGUCCGGACUUCGAUCAGUUUGUCAAAACUGAUCCAGUUUUACUAUCUGUAAGUUUAUUCUCUUGAAUUGUCAACAAAUGUUCAUUGAUAUUGAUUCUCAUCCUCCAAGGAUUUAUAAAAAAUUUUACUAUUGUUGUCGUCAAAGAUUUAUAAAAAUGUUAUAGUAGCUUAUUCUAACCGUACCUUUUCAGUGAUCUCAACUUUGAUCUCAGUAACUGUCCCGAAGAAAGACCAAUGACGAUUGAUGUUAGUCAUAUCAAAAACGUCCCACCAGAAUUGAAAUCUUUGAAUACACAACCCUUCACUUCCAUUUUUGUCAAUCUUCCCGCCACAGAUUCAACCGGUCGAUACUACUGCCGUGCCGACAACAUGGAUGAGGAAUCAGCCAAAACAAGCAGAAAGAUUCAGUAUGUCAACAAAAGAAACAUAAACUAUGCCAGGAUGCUGAUAGAUGCUGUUAUGAAGACGAACGAGCUGAAGAAGAGCGAUUGCGUGUACCUGACUCCUUAUAGAAGUAGGUUUUUUUGACAUUAUUUUUAUUUUUCUUGGGUUUUAUGAAGAUCAAAAUAGUAAAUAAUUUGUUUUUGGUAAAGAACUUUGCGUUAUCUUUUUGAUUUUUAAAUUUUUAUAUCGAUAUAUCCAUUAUAAAUCUUGCUUUUCAAUUCAAUUUGCAAUCUUAACCUUCCCUUUUCAGUCCAAGAAACCUAUUUCGACAGAAACCCAGUAAAAGGCCAAACAAUUGAUCGUGCCAUCUCCACUGAAGCCGACUUUUGUCUAGUCGAUUUAGUCAAAACCAAGCCAGGCGGCUUCAUGAACGGCGAAAAACAAGAAUGGCCAUGCUACGCGACGGCCAAACGUCUUUUGGUCGCUCUGAGCCGAGCCAAACGUGCCCAAAUCGUUAUUGGAUCAGUGGACGCUUCAAAAUUCAACGCUCCAACUACCACCAUCGAACAAUUGGCACAAAUUCAUCGUCAAAGCGAGGACCCACUCGUCCGCUUCUACGAUUUCAAUUGUGUAAAGAUGGAAAUUGAGGAGUCUGAGCCUUCAGUUUAA